AUGAUGAACCAACAAACAAGUCACCAACAUGCAGAAAAUGCUUCGGAAGAAAUAAUUGAAUCAUUUUCACCCUAUUCUUGUGUUUAUUGUAGAAAGGCACAUCGUAAAUGUGAUAGAAAAUUGCCAUCAUGUUCUAAAUGUAAAAGUAGAAAUUCGCCAUGUGAAUAUGUUGAUUUAAAAAGAAGGAAGAAUAUUCAAAUUGGAUCAUCAUCUGUUCAGGAAUGUUUGGAUUUACAAAAUAAUUUAAAACAAUUGAAUUUAAUGGAUGGAAAUGAUUUUGUACAAAAUGAUUUAUUUGCAUCUUUGAGAAUGAAUAUAAUUGGAGCUUAUUUUGAAAUAAUUUGUUUGGGAUGUCCUUUUUUGGAAAAAGAAACACUUGAAAGUUAUUUAUAUUCAAAGGAAAUUUUACAAUCUAAUAGAUUAAUACUUGCAUUGGUAUUUUCAAUUCAAACUCUUGUUGAGCAAAGAUUUGGAUUUGUAGAUUUGGCAUUUGAAAGUUAUAAGAAAACUCUUUCAAUUUUACCAAAUGAUAAAGCAGAUCAAUUUUAUGCAGCAUGUGUUUAUGUAAAUUUAGGAAUUUACUUAAUUGGAGAAGGUAAAAAGAAGGAAGCUAAUUUUUAUGCACAUUGCUCUGAUUACUAUUUUAAACAAUUAGAUUCUAAUUAUCAACAUAAUGAAUUUGAUAGAAAUUUAAUUUGGUUUAAAAUGACACUGGAAUACAUGUCUAGUCCAUUAUAUCCAUUAAUGGCAUCUCAAGAAUUGAUUGAUAAUUACAAAAUUAUAUUGAAACAUAACAUGCCAAUGGAAUGGCAAGAAGUAGUGAUGGAUUUGAAAAAUUCAACAAUAUCUAAUGUUGAAAGCAGAAUCAAAGUGUAUCAAUUAAUUGCAUUCACUUUACAGGGAGAGAGAAGAGUUGGAGGUUAUGGAGUUUCAUUAUGUGAAAUUAUUUAUUUAUCAAUGCAUUCAUGUAUUUCAAUUUCUUUCUAUUCAUUGGUAGAUCCAAUUUAUUUUAAAGAUCAAAUUUAUGCUGAAACUGUUAAAGCAGCAGAAUUGACAGAAUAUGAACUAUUUUCCUAUUCUGCCCCUCAAGUAAUUAUGAAUAUUCUAGUUGCUAUUAAGGUACAUUUAGAAAUGCAACAAUUAGUGGAGAGUGGACAAAUUACAGGAGUCUCCUUACAAGAUUAUUACAAAAUUAUUGCAAAGAAUUAUAGAGCUGUAAAUAUUUUGAGAAAAAAGUAUAGAGUGAUAGAUGCACAACAUUCAGAUAUUGUUACAAAACUUGAGGAACUAAAUAAGGAGGUAGAUAAGGAACCUUCGCCUCAGCAAUACAAUAUUGAUGAUAAGAUGAAGAGAUUGGAGGAUUUUGAAAGUCAACUCAGUUCUGUCAUGAAAAAAUUUGUUAGUAUGCUUCCAUUUAAAGAAAAAGAAAACCAGCCACAAAUGGAAGAACUCAAUGGAUUGGAAUUCUAUACAGACAUGUUUUUAUUGGAUGAUACAGAUGAUUUAUUCUUAGAAUUUUAA